AUGUAUCGUGUUCAGGUGAGAAAGUUCCAUUGUAACGCAAUUAGAAGAAGAGGUCAAAAUCUGACUGAAAAAAUUAUUCAAAAUUAUUCAAAUUCUACAAAGAAAGUAUAUUCUGGUGACUUCGUCACCAUUACUCCAAAAUAUUGUAUGUCUCAUGACAAUUCAUGGCCCAUUGCAACCAAAUUCUUGAAUUUGGGCGCUCAAAAGAUUAAAAAUAAAGGUCAAAUUAUAAAUACUUUAGAUCAUGAUAUUCAAAAUAAAAGCCCCAAGAAUCUACAAAAAUAUGCUAAUAUUGAAAACUUUGCUAAAAAGUAUGGCACAACUUUCUACCCUGCUGGUACCGGUAUUGGUCAUCAAAUUAUGAUCGAACAAGGUUACGCCUUCCCAUUAAAUCUAACCGUCGCAUCAGAUUCCCAUUCAAACACUUACGGCGGUGUAGGCGCACUGGGGACUCCAAUCGUUAGAACAGAUGGUGCUGCAAUCUGGGCCACUGGACAAACGUGGUGGCAGAUCCCAAAGGUCGCUAAAGUGAGAUUAAUAAAUAAAUUGCCUACAAAUAUAUCAGGUAAAGAUAUUAUCGUGGCAUUAUGUGGUAUAUUCAAUAAUGACGAAGUAUUGAACCAUGCAAUUGAAUUUGUAGGUGAUGAGGAAACGCUCUCUCAUUUGCCGAUCGAUUAUAGAUUGACCAUCGCAAAUAUGACCACUGAAUGGGGUGCGUUGUCAGGCCUUUUCCCCAUUGACAAAACUUUGAUUAAUUGGUAUAGAAAUAGAGCUGAAGUGGUAAAUAGAGAAAUGCAACAUCCAAGAAUAAAUGACAUUACAAUUUCUAAUUUAGAAAAGAUGUUUAAUUCAGCAGAAUCAAAGCCUGAUAAUGACGCUCAUUAUGCAAAGACAAUAACUGUAGAUCUAUCCACUUUAACUUAUUUCGUUUCGGGACCAAAUACAGUUAAAGUCUCAAAUACUGUAAACAAAUUAUCUGAUGAUAACAUUAAGAUUGAUAAGGCAUAUCUUGUAUCAUGUACUAAUUCUCGUUUAUCCGAUUUAAAGGAAGCUGCACAAGUAAUCAAGGCAAAUCCAAAUGGUGAAAUAAACAAAUUUGCACCACAUGUAGAGUUUUACGUCGCUGCUGCUUCGAAAGAAAUUGAAAAUGAAGCACGUAAUAUUGGUGUCUGGGAUACUUUAUUACAAGCAGGCGCCAUCCCACUACCAUCAGGUUGUGGUCCAUGUAUCGGUCUUGGUAAAGGUUUACUAGAACCUGGUGAAGUUGGUAUUAGUGCCACUAAUAGAAACUUCAAGGGAAGAAUGGGUUCAAAGGAUGCAUUAGCCUACUUAGCAUCUCCAAGCGUUGUUACUGCAUCUGCCAUCAUGGGAAAGAUUGCAUCUCCUGAUGAAAUUUACAAUACUAAAUCGACAAAUUACGAUGGUGUAAAGACUACAAUUAUUGAAAAUGAACUUCCUGAUGGCCAACAAGCUUCGGAUGAUUCUCCAGUAGAAAUAUUGGAAGGUUUCCCAGAGGAAGUUACGGGUGAAUUGGUUUUCUGUGAUGCAGAUAAUAUCAACACAGACGGUAUCUAUCCAGGUAAAUACACUUAUCAAGAUGAUAUUACCAAGGAUGUUAUGGCAAAAGUAUGCAUGGAAAAUUAUGAUUCCCAAUUUCCUUCUAUUGUGAAAAAGGGUGAUAUACUGAUCAGUGGUUACAACUUCGGAACAGGAUCCUCUAGAGAACAAGCAGCUACAUCGUUGUUAGCUAAGGGUGUCCCAUUGGUGGUUUGUGGCUCUUUCAGUAACACAUUCUCAAGAAAUGCCAUCAAUAAUGCUCUUUUAACCUUCGAAGUACCAGAAUUGCUCAAGAAAUUAAGAGAGACGUAUGGCAAUGAUAAGAAAUUGACUAGAAGAACUGGUUGGUUCCUAAAGUGGGACGUAGCAAACGCCAGAGUUAGCGUCACUGAGGGUUCUCUGGACGGCCCUGUUAUCUUUGAACAACAAGUUGGUAAGCUGGGCAAAAACUUGCAAGAAAUCAUCGUGAAAGGUGGCCUUGAGAACUGGAUUAAAGCCCAAUUAUAA